AUGGUCUUCAUCAAGAGAUUAGUACCUCUUUCAAUUUUGUAUUGUUUCGAAGGAAGCAUACUAGGACUGAUUUUAUACAGUGUUCCAUCUAAUUUGAUAAAUAAAGGUGUUGAGAUAAAUAGAUACAAGUUUUCAUUAUAUUGUGCUAUUACCUUAUUUGUUCAGAUACAUGAAUGCACUUUUGAUUGAUAGCAUAAGUUGGGACAAGAUGGGUAGAAGAAGAAGCUAGUUGACAUUAAUGUAUUUUGGAUUAGGGUAUAGUUUUGUUGAAAAUUCUAAGAGUUCUCUUAUAUUUUUUAAAUUUCUAAUCACUAGAUCCUAGUACAUGGUUAUGGAACAUAUUCUGGAUUGUAUGUUUAUUAGCUUGCAUUGACAUCAUAAUAGCAGCAUGGUUAGUUGAAAGUUUAGAGAAGUAAGACAGAGGUUAUGGAGCUUUUGGCUCAAUUUCUAGGAAUUUUGAUAGGUGGAUUUAUUGGAGCAUAUAUUUUUAAGAUGUUCAAUUCACUUGAAUUUUGCAAUAAAUAUAUUUAUGCCAUUUCUCAAGAGAUACCAUAUUUUACUCUUUAAAGUUUAAUUAAAUAUUUUUAGUUGCAUUCAAGGAUUAUUCUUAUAUAUCAAUAGGACUUGGAGUUGCAUGUACUAUUAUAAUACAUAAUGAAAUAACAAUUGAUUAAGAUGUAUGAAUAUCAUUAUACUAGAUAAUUGAAGCUUAUAAAUUAGCAUUGGGAGUCUUUUCAAAUCGUCAUUUGAUAGUCCUCUUUUUGUUUUUUUAGAAUAGAAUAAACGCCAAUUGA